AUGACUAGUUCACAUUAUUAUAAAUUGCUGAUAUGUGCAGUUGGUAUAUACGCAAGUUUUCUCACGUGGGCAUUAGUGCAAGAGCCUUUGACUACAAGAGUAUGGCCAGUUUCCAAUGAACAAUUUCAAUUUCCAAAUAUUAUUGCCAUAUCUCAGGCAUCUGUAGCGAUGGCAAUAGGUUAUAUCUACUUAAGCUUUAGGAAAGUAGAUUAUCAUGUAUUUGAUUUGAUUAGAGACCAUUACAAACAGCUCCUAAUGAUUUCGUUUACUCAAAGUACAUCCACACCUUUGGCGACGUACUCGUUAAAACAAGUUGAUUAUUUGACCUACAUGUUGGCCAAAUCAUGUAAGAUGAUCCCUGUCUUAUUGGUUCAUUUGUUACUUUACCGUACACCAAUAGAAAACCAAAAGAAAAUUGUAGCUAUCUUGGUUAGUUUAGGUGUCACAAUAUUUACAAUAGGAGGUUCCCAAAACAAGAAGAAAUCUAGUCAAAGGACAAGCGGUUCAUAUUAUGGAUUUAUAUUAUUGGCGGCAAGUUUAUUCAUGGAUGGUGUGACUAAUGCAACGCAAGAUAAGAUGUUGAAGACUGCAGGAUCUAAGAAGGAUACAAAGAAAGACCAAAAGUCAAAUAAGAAAAUUACUGGACCACAUCUUAUGUUCUCCUUAAAUUUAUUUAUUAUCUUAUGGAAUAUAUUUUAUCUGACACUUAUUGAUAGAAAACAAAUGAAUCAAGCUCUCAGUCUCCUAAAGUCAGAUCCCGAUAUUUUAUCAUAUUUGGUAGUAUAUGCUGUGUGCGGUGCUAUUGGUCAGUGUUUUAUCUUCUAUACACUUGAAUCUUUUGGUUCUUUGCAACUGAUUAUGAUCACAGUAACAAGGAAGAUGAUAUCAAUGUUGUUGAGUAUUGCUAUAUUUGGUAAGACUGUUAAUUAUACGCAAUGGUUUGGUAUAUUUAUUGUAUUUGCAGGUAUUACCUGGGAAGCUACAAAUAAAAGAAGUGCAUCCUCCGCUCAAGUAAAGCCAAAAGGAGAUAUAAAGAAAACACAAUAA